AUGGGCAGCAUAUUCUAUCUGGAACCAAAAGAUGAGAAAACUGCAAACAGUGGCAAGGAUGUUUAUGGGCCAUGCUCAUCAAGCGAAGUAUCGUCUAUGGAUUCUAAUACACACUCGCCACAUGUGAGUUUCAACAACUGCAAUGACUACUACGAGAAAGAAAGCCCUGCACCACGACGGAUCGGCUUCAAACAGCGGGCUUCGCAAGUGAUUUUUGAGAUUCCAGUGGAGCACUUGCGUCGAAUGAAAGAUACCGAAGGCAUUGGCUCCAUUAGCCGCGAAACGCAACAUUUUUCAAAUACCACAACGAUGCACGGACCAAAGCGUAUCUUCACGGGCAAAAGAUUCGCAAAAUAUUUUUGGAUACUCAUGAUGUUUGGAUCAGGACUACUACUAUUAUAUCAAGUUGGCACGCUUGUGUCCAUGUAUUUUCGUAAUCCCAUUGUUUCUCAGGUCUCAUUUUUGAUAAGUGAAAAUGGCAUGCAGUUUCCUAUGGUCACAAUAUGCAACUUCAACUCUGUCAAGAAGUCUUAUAUAAAGAAAUUAAACGAAACGGGUGACUUCUCCGUUACCUUACUAGACUAUCUCAUCCAGUCUUUGAUGGAUACAGAGGCACUUUAUGGUAAUUCGGAUCGAGCAGAGCUGCAUGUGGGAGAACGGGCUCUACAAGUCUACCAAAAACAGCACCCAAAUUUUACAUUUGAGGAAUUCUUCUAUAAUGCAGGCUUCAAUUGCUCGGAAACGAUGAAGCUUUGCUCGUUUGCUGGACGACAGUUCGACUGCUGUAAAUAUACGCAAGCAAAGUUAACAAACCUUGGUAAAUGUCAGACGUUGGACCUUCGAGCAGCUAAGGAAUGGUUUCAAAAGCAAGUCGUCGCUGGAGUUAACGCUGGGCUUCAACUAAUUCUUGAUGCACAUAUGGAAGAGCAGUUCGAUGGGACAGGAGAUGAUAUCGACGCUGUAUUCACCAAUGCUUACGAGAACGGAUUUCGGUACUAUGUGCAUGCGCCCGAUACUAUACCGUAUCUCGUCUCUGAGGGUAUUAGUGUCUCGCCUGGGAUGCGUGUGUAUUCCGCGAUCUCCACUAGCGUGUAUGUCUUGCUGUCACCAGAAGAGUGGGGAAACUGCACUAAUGAAUGGCCAGAGAAAUACGCGACAGAUCUACCGUACUCUGCUGUGAAUUGCAAGGCUUUGUGCAAUGCUAACUUCAUGUAUGAUCGUUGCGGCUGUGCACCUUUCGCCUUUAACAUCGAUGAAGCUCUGCCUACUUGUACGCCGUAUGAAACUGUGCAGUGCAUCGAUCAGAUUCGGGUGCAAACUACUGAUGGAACCGAUCACUACCAUAGGCCACUUUGUGCGGAAUGUAAACUGGAAUGUAGCAGCCUUUUCUAUCAUGCAUACAACUCUUAUGGGCAUGGAUUCAGCCAGGGCGCUCUGAAAAAACUCAGUCGCAAAAAUCCAAAAUGGAGCAAAGCCCAUAUGAGAUCGAACUUUUUGACGCUCAAUGUUUUCUUCCGAGAUAUGGCUCACACCGAAUAUCGACAACGACAGGAUACAUCUCUGACCCAAAUUCUCAGUGACAUCGGCGGUAACAUGGGAAUGUUCUUGGGAAUGUCACUGAUCACAGUGACUGAGAUUAGUCUGUUUAUAUCGAAGAUCGGCUGGAUAGCAUUUUCAAAAAAGCGAAGGGACUACUUGUACAAUAAGAAGCAGCGAGAACUGGAACACGAAAAACAGCUCGAGGAAACAGUAUCAGCGAUCAGUCAACUACGAACGCGGAAAAAUGGCAGCAUCGGCAUUGGUGAUUCCUUCCGACGGUUAAAAAUGCUUAGCAGACGAAUUCAUGACAGUAUUUCUGCAAAAUCAAGCCAUGUUGAUUCACCACCGCUGGAAAAGGUAGAGGCUGGCACCUGUACAGAUUUGGAAGAAGCAGAAAAGGAGAAGAAGAAAAGCAUGGAUAACGGUGUUAUCCAAAAUGGAUAUGCCAACGGAGUUUCCGAAAAGCCUGAAAUGAUCGAACUUAAAAUUGAUCUACUGGAUUUGAAAAGGCACCUGACGAAAGGGACACCUUUGAGUAUAAAAAGGAGGCGAGCCAAUACGGCUCCACCGGCACCGCGAGGUUCGAAGAAUCCGACGAUGUCGACGACGGUACCGUGCAGCAAAUAUUCAUUACCUGAUGAACAAUUGCAAGGCGAAGCCUUAUAACAAUUACGGUUAUGUAAAUUA